CACUACUUUCAUUUCAACAGUUUCCAUCACGCUAAUUUUUGCAGUGCACAAUCGAUCACAGAUUGAUAAUGCCAAUGACAUCGUCAUAACAAGAAGUGUUUUUGUACAGCUGUACUAUAGUUGUGAUGGGGGAUUCUACCUUCCUCUGCUGUGCCUACUGCUGGAAGCAUGAAGACUCCUGGGAUGCCAUUCUCAGCUACAAAUGUGACAUAUGCUGCAAAAGAGUUCACUACAGUUGUAUAAAAAGCCCUCAACCAUCCAUUCUUCUGGGAGACACAUUUUUCAGUUUCAAGUGCCAAGCUUGUUCAGAAAAUGGCAAGGAGAGUUUUGAGCGUACAGUCAUAUCUUGGCUGGACGUGGUCAUCCUGGUGCUCUACAACCUCCACAAGGCCGGCCAGGGCAUGUGUGGCUUUUACCACUGGAAGUCUCACAUCUGUGCCUUCAUCGACAAGCACUGGAACUCACUCUUCGGAAAUCUCAGGGAAGGUGCAGAGAGAGAAACGGCGAGCGAUGGAAGCCCCCGUAGAGCUGAAGUCUGGCCAACGUCGCUGUCGCAAGGCCAAGGAGUCUGCUCUCUCCGCGGCCAUGGAGCUCAAAGAGAAGAGAUCUCUCAUGCAGGAGGGAAAGAAAAAAAGACAACGAGGCCACAAGAAGGAAGACCCGAGCACUCUCUCAUCAUCUUUCGUCACGGACGACGAGACGGGGCGGGCGAAACCCAAGCCGAGCAAAGGGAAGUCAUCCGCCACGUCAAAGUCGGCGGCCUCAUCGACGACGGGCCGGAGCUCGGAGUCGCCAGCGCUGGCUUUGUUGGACAGUCAGGACAGCAUGAGCUCUGUGUCCUCGUCCUCCGCGGGACUUGUGUCCUCGCUCGGGGAGGAAGCGGAUGCUGCGACGUCUGCGUCUGGAACAGACUUGGGAGGAAUUUUGACGUCGAUACAAAUGGAGGACGACAGUGACCUUGAGAUUGAUGUCGACAUUGGAGCGGUGUCGUUUGUGUCCGGUGAUCUUCCGGAUAUGCGACCCAUGUCUCCUGACAUCAGCACCAUGCUCAACGUGGGCACAGGGCUGGUACAAGGAGAGAUGAACUCUCAGUCUUCCAGCUUGCCGCUGACUCUGGCCGAGGUCAAAGUUGAACUGACGUCGGACUGUGAGUCAGAAGGACAAAGUGAGAGAGACAUUGAAGAAAGGUCGAUCAAAGAAGAGGAAGCCAGUGAGUCCGAAUAUUCGUCGGACGAGUCUGAAGAGGAUGAGGAGGAGGGAGAGGAGGAGGAGGAGGAUAGCGGGAGCCUUGUGAGUGGCAGCAGCAGUCAGGUGACGGAGAGAGAGAAGAUGGAGGAGGGGAAGAAGAAAAAGGGUCGUCCGAGGAAAAGACGGAGGGAAGAUGACACGCCUCCUCCCAGUCCCCCUGUCAGACUUCAAAGAAUCAGCUUGUUUGAGGAGGACGAGCUGCUACAGAAGCUGAACCGCCUGGCCGAGAGAGAGGCGCUGGCUCCGCAUAUGGCACAGCUCCGCAGGAAACUCAUCUGUAACCAGACGAAUCGUGAGUAUGGACUACCUGUGUUUGAUCUGGAGAAAGCGGUGAACAGAGGAACAAAGGAGGAGACGACGAACGCAUUCUCAGCACUAGACAGUCAGCUGUUCUCCGAUAUGUCCAGGAGAUCCAGGGCCACCAAAGAAACGCGGGACCUGGAUCGUUUUAUGAUUCAGGGCAACAAAAAGAGGGCCGGGUCUCGAACCUACACCUCGUUCAGACAACGUCUUGUGGGGCUGGAGGACCAUGAGCUUCGUCCGUUUGUCAGUCCGUACACCACCAGAGUCCUGCUGCCGUUCAUCUGGCGUAACUACAACCCGUCCCACAAGCCCGUCAGGAUGCGACUGUUGGAAGAAAUCGCCGCCUACCACAACAGACACGACCCUAACUGGACCCCCCCUCCGAGUGCCCCAAUUGACUUCUGCUACGUCCGGCCGGAGCACAUUCCCUCGGUCAACGCUCUUUGCAGGGAGUUCUUCUGGCCCGGUGUUGACAUGUCGGAGUGUUUACAGUACCCAGACUUCAGCUGUGUGGUCAUGUACAAGAAAAUUGUGAUUGCGUUUGCGUUCCUGGUGCCGGACCGUGGCUACAACGAGGCCUACAUCUCCUUCGUGUUCACGCACCCGGAGUGGCGCGGGGCGGGCAUCGCCACCUUCAUGAUCUACCAUCUCAUACAGACGUGCAUGGGCAAAGACGUGGUCCUCCACGUGUCAGCCACAAACCCUGCCAUGUUCCUCUACCAGAAGUUUGGCUUCAAGGCCGAGGAGUUGAUCCUGAACUUUUACUACAAGUACUUCCCGCUCAACUGCAAGGACUCCACCAACGCCUUUCUCAUGAGGCUCAGCAGAUGACGACCGCCACUUCUGGGGUCACAUACACACACACACACACACGCACGCUCACACACAUACAUAUACAUAUAUGUAUACACGCAUACCCUCU